UGACUCCGCCCUCUGACAUCAGCCCGAGUAGUUAUGAGGAGGCGGGAGCGAAGCGGCACUGCAGGCAGAAGUGAGAUGGCGCCGAGCGAGAAGGAGACCCGUGAGAUGGCGGCGGUGCGUGUUUGAGAGGAAAAAAAAGCAGCAGCAUGGACUAGAACUCUGCAACCAAAUCCUAUCGCCCAAUAAACUUUACCCUGAUAUAGAACGCUCGUAUUUCUCUAGAUAGAGCCUUGCAGGAAAAUGGAAGAUAACAAGAACGUCGCUGAAGUAAAGUCGGGCGCCGGGAGCCCGCGUGAAGCCGAAGAGACGCCGGGAAAAUCGACACAAAAUGGCGAAAUCGAGGCGCAACAGCCACUGAAGCGCAGUAACAGCGCGGAAAGCGGCGGCGCGGGGCACAAACCCCCGGAGGAAACUCCCAGGAGGCGCUUUCAGAUCCCGAGGAAGAGCCGCGAUAAGAGAGCUCUUCAGAUUAUUAGUUCUGGCUCUCGGGAGUUUGAAGAAAUUUUGAAAAUUCUUCAUUCAUCUUACCUGGAUGCAAACUCAAAAGCCAAUUUCUCAUACAAAUGCGCUCGACUGGUUCAUAAUGAAUUCUUGGAAAAAGAGUUUACUGAGAAACGAAGGCAAUUGAAAUUUGAUGGCCGACUAGAUAAAGAACUUGCUGACUCUUAUACGUUUCUUAUGGUUGACCUAGAGCAGAUGCAUAGUAUUGUUGAAAAAGGAUUACAUGUGGGGCAUUCUAGAAUGACUACACUAGGCAAACCUAGCAUGGGGGUGUAUCUAUCAAGGUAUGCAGAUCUGUUGCAGGCCAAUCCUUUAGAAACUGGGACAACUGGAGAUAUAUUCAUAUUUAAAGUAAUAAAGGGGAAAAUGAAGUAUGUUUUUGAUCACAUUAGAAGUAACCAGAUGGAUUCAUUUAGUGCUAAUGGAGGUUUGGACCCAGUCCCCAAACAUGAAUGCCAUGUCUUAAAAAACAUGAAUGCAGUGACCGCAUUGCUCGGCUACAGAGCAUUUGAGCGUACCCAGUACUAUUUUUAUGAGUAUGGAUUUGACGAUGUCCUCAAGAGACCAAGGCAUGUGUGCCCAUAUGCUGUUGUGUCAUUUGGCUACAGAGAUGAAUUGGCAACGAGGCAGCCUUCUUUGCCCGCAUCUGGACCAGUUAGUUUUCCCACUGAGAGAAGCUUUGAUAGGAGCAGUUUCACUUUAUGGAGAGGACAGCUUCUUAACAAAGGAAAACUGUUGUGCUAUGCAUCCCUGAAAUCAACAAGUGGCCCCUUUAUCCCGUACAGGCUACCCGACAAGCUGGACUUGGAUAUUGUCAUUAAAAUUGAGCAGAUUAAGAAGAGCGUUCCGGCAGUUUUAUUUUAUAAAGAAACUCACAAUAAGCCAAGUGAAGCAAAGCAUGGAGGGAUAUACAGCCGGCUCUAUGAAGUAGUCGAGAAGACAAGAACUGGCAGUCAUUUGCAGGGAUUACUUCAGAAAAUAGAAAGAGAGAACCUGGCUUUAGUUAAACCAUUGGAUGACAGAGGCUUCAUGUUCCUCUUUUUUCCCUCACCUAUGACUUCUUCAUAUGCUGCUGCAAAGACUCGUCUUCUCCAUGCCCUAUUUAUUUAUCAUGAAUCCAGAGUCACCCUACCUGUUGCCAACGUUUCGGUACCUCCAUCUUUCAUGCCUGAAAGCCAUGAGUUUAUGCCAGAAUUUUUAACAUUUGUUCCUGCUCUCCAUUUUGCUCUUCACAAGAGCCAGUCAGACACUUCUGCUGACUUUAAUGACGUUGUCGAAAAACAUUCCCGUGUUUAUUUAAAGCGCCGAGCAGAGAUACCGCACAAGUCCAAGGAAUAUAUCCUCAAGCCUUACGAUUCUCGAUUGGAUUACAAAAAAAGUCUCUACGUAGCACCCAGAAAUAAAGGCCAUAUUGAGUCUGCUCUUCGCAGUUACAUAUUUGGCUCAGAAGCAUAUACAAUAUCCGUAGAUAAGGCAAAAGAAAUGGUUAAGGAGAACCAGAGGUUUCAGCAGUUUAGUCCAGUAUCAGACUAUGAACCUGUUGAAGAUGAUCACGACAGCUCCAAAUACAACAAAAAGGCUCCCGUUUCUUAUACGGAAACUAAAAGUGAAAAGGCAUCUGAGAACACAGACUGGGACAUUGACAAAAUUAAUGGCUUGAUAAACUUGAUCCAGAAAAAGAAACAGAGCAAACCAGAGACCGAUGAGCCGUCAAGCGUUGGAGUCAAAAGAAAACGUGAAAGGCACUCGGAAAAUGUCUGGAAGCCCCGAAAAUGUGAAGAAAACUUUCACCAUGAUAAUGAACCAGGCGAAAGUGCCCAGUCCCUUAUCUCUUCUAUGGGUGGACAAGAUACAGACCUAAGACAGGAAACUCCUGAACCGCUCACUAGUGAAUAUCUUAAAAUGCUGCUGGAGAAGCUGGCGGACUCUUGUAUGGAUCCUGCUCUGGUACAGUCUUUAAAGUCAUUGAAGCAAAAUACCACAGAGGAACUGCCUGCUCAGAAACUCGAAAAUGUUUCUUUAGCAGCACAUGAUACAGAAAGAGAGGCUGUCCGACAAGUCUAUGAAGAUCAAACAAGUGAUUAUCAAGAAAACACUACAUCAUUUUCAGAGGAAGCCCAGGAGGCUGAGGGUAGCCACAGUGAUCCUUUAGUUCCCAUGGAAGAAAAUAUCCUGGAUCCGCCAUUGGAAAGUGCAAGCCCUUGCCUCAGCCAUACUGCAGACAAUAUCUGCCCCAUGCAGGGUCCUAACAGUUUGGAUUUGGAAAUGCACUGGAAACUUAUCCCCAUUGCUGGAGAGGAGGCGAGAACUCCAGAAGAUCAUGUUGGAACCCUUAGAGAUGAGAAAACACCAGAAUUAAACCUCACAAAAGAACAACUUGUCUACGUGUCCACAGAAGACGCACUUCCUAACGACCCCAGAGCCGGACACAAGAGACGGGUGUCCCGAUAUUCACCUCUUCGCGAGACGGGAAGGAGGAGGCCGAGACACGAUGGAGACCAUUGCCGCAGCCGGACCGCCCCGUCGAGAACAGAGCGCAACAUGUUGCAGAGCAAACACUGCCACAACGGGCUGAUAGAGAACACCGUCCUAGAAAUUUACAACACGUUUUCUGAGCAACUUCAUGAUGUUUUAAAACAAAGAGACGUUCCCUACAUGGUUCCAGCAACACCGCCGCUUCUCUCGUCAGACGACCGGGUCUUGAAACUUUCCGACUGUCUGUACGAACAAGCGUCGGACAUCUGUGUGCAGCAGUAUGUAGAUGACUUGCACACCAAGCUGGAUAAUGUUGUGGCCAUCCAUAUCAAUUCCUGUGCCAUUUCCAGGACAUUAACACCCGUUACAGAAAUAAUGGCCAGCCCCGGAGUCCAUCCAUUUCACCCUACACAAACUCUAACCGAAUAUCCUCACGCCCAUCACCAUUUACAUUGUGAUGUUCGGGAAGAGCAUCCUUUCUCCGCAGACCACGUCGAUAAAGUUGGAGAGGAAAAUGCAGCAAAUGGCAACGAGCCAUCGCAUCAUUCCAGAGAUCUUUCUCAAGAGACUCCAGAAAUCAGUGCGCCCAACGUGACGGAUCUUUCUGCCCCGCAUUUAGCCAUUUCAAAUUUGAUCAACCAAAUUAAUCCCGAGGUGUUCAACAACCUGGUGAAAAUCAUCACCCAUGUGAACAAAAACAGUGUUAAGUUCUACAUCCACUCAGAAGAGGAGAACACCAUUUGUCAGAAUAUUAAGGAGUACCUGUUAAAGCUGGGUAAUGCCGAGUGUCGGCCGGAGAAAUUCUUGGAAUCCAAAACCAAGGUGGAUAAACUGCUUAUAAUUAUCCAGAACGAAGACAUUCCCAACUGCAUUCAUAGGGUACCUGCGCUAGUCUUGCUGAAGAGGUUGCCCUCCGUGAGUUUUGCCGGAGUCGAUAGUUUGGACGAUUUGAAAAACCACACGUACAAUGAAAUUUUUGUGUCUGGGGGAUUCAUCGUGUCUGAUGAAAGCGUUCUGAACCCUGAAACUGUCAGCGCCGAUGAACUGAAGAAAUUCUUGUUGUUUCUGGAAGAAAUAAACAGCCCCGAUGCAAACUGGCAGUGGAAAGUCCAUUAUAAAUUUCACAAGCGGCUUAAAGAGUUGGGGAGGGUGAAUGCAAAUGCUCUAAAUAUUCUCACCCUGUUAACGACUUACCAGAAGAAGAACCUGGUUGAGAUCCUGUCCUAUCAUCUGAGCUGUGAUCCCCAAAACCAGCCGGCGCCACAGCUCGAGUGUCUGAUCAAACUUCAGGUCCAGUACAUGAAGCAAAGGCACGUUAUCUUCCUGACAGAAAAAGAUGCCGCCCGGUUUCCAGAUUACUGUGAUAAUGGUAUCGUGGUUACAAGAAUGGUGGAUUUUAUGGAUAACUUUUCAAGCCUCAUCGGUCACCAUAGUUCCAACAACGAAGAGCACCGCCUUUCACAGCUGACGGAUGAAGGGGAUGAAACUGGUAAUUAUGCUCCUGGGGAAGCGGAUGUGAAAGAGGAGGAGGACAUGUCUCUGGAUUCAGAAGAUGACACUCCACCAAUAGAAGUUUGCUCGGACUCCCGGCAGCCAGAAUCCCCCAAUCAGAACAUUUCCAGUGCGUUAGUUGACAAGGAUCAAACAGAAAGUCCUAGUACCAUAAAUCAGAGUAAGACUCCUACUCUUGAUGAGCUUCAGCCAAUCACUCCCGUGUCUGUGGCAGGCUCCACCACUGGCGAAAAUAGCGUUUCCACGGGCGACGAACUAGGCAACACUACGCAGGACUACAACAGAGAUGUGAAUCUGUCCCACCAGUUCAGCCAUUUCAAUGUUCUGACCCAUCAGACUUUCCUAGGAUCCAUGUACCCCGCCCUCAGCAACCCAGCCCCAGCGGAGAUCUGUUUCAUGAAUUCCUGCAGUCAACAAACGGAACCAGAGAAAUCCCACAAUUCCGAGUGCAAACAAAAAUAACCUCGUUUUGUUUCAUGUAAACCAAAAAAAAACACAAAUAUUUAUAUAUCGGACUUUUCUAAGUGUUCAGUUUCUUACAGAUAAAGUACAUUAUUAUUCUCUACACCCAAAAGGGGAAACACUUUUAUUUUCCCCGCGCUUGACGUUGGAAUCAUGACUGCAUGUACCAUUAACCGCAUCUGCAAGGAAAUAAAUAUUUUUAUUCGGACAUUGUAUUGGAAAAUGUGCACUUUUUAUGUUUCAUUUUUUUUUUGUAUUUAAGCAGUAUUUAGCGGCUUUUUUGUUUUUUCCCCCCCCCCAAAUGUGGUCAUUUUUGUAAAUGUAUAGAAGCCACUACUUUAAUGGCCAACGCAGUGUUAUGUAAAUACUUAGGAAUGUUUACUUUGUAAAGUUUUCUUUUAUACCAUGUCACAAAUUACAGUUUUAACAAAUUUACAAAAUGAUGAGAUGUUUAUACAUAUAUAUCGGUGCAUUCUCUCUGUAUAUGAUUAAACUUCAUGCACUUAA